ACCACCACUCUCUCCUCCUCUCCUCUCCUUGAGCUUGAGCUGCAGGUAGCUGUAGCUGGCGAGCGAUGCUCGUGGCCGCCACCUCCCCAACUGUGAAUUGAAACGGAGGGAAAUGGUGGGAGGAGCAGCAUAAAAUCCAGCGUGAUGCUCUGGGCUGGCCGUGUCUAAGCGCUCGGCUCUCUCUCUUCUUCUUCGUGCUGUUGUUUCUCUCUCUCUGUCUAUCUGUCUCGCUGUCUCUCGACUCCAUUAAUGGGCGGCGCCGUGGGUAGCUGAGCUCUUUGCUGCGUUCCUCGCUUGGCUGCGCUGGCCGGGGUGAGCUAGCUAGCUAACCUAGCUUGCCUAGCUGGGGAGACAGAGAGGAGGAGGAGGAGAUCGAGAGCAUAAGGGCAUCGAUCUUGGAGGUGAGGAGAGAGGACAGGAGGAGGAGGUAGGGGGAGAUGGAAUACGGCGGCCGGGAAGGAGGAGGAGGAGGGAUGAACGGCGGAGGCGGCGGGUCGGCGUGGGACGGGGCGCUGUCCCCGGCGGCGAGGUACGCGGAGUCCGGCGGCGCGAGCCUGACGUGGGAGAACCUGACGGCCGUGCUCCCCGGCGCCGGCGGCCGGGCGACCAAGAAGCUCGUGCAGGGGCUGUACGGCUACGCCGUCCCCGGCAGGGUGGUCGCCAUCAUGGGCCCCUCCGGCUCCGGCAAGUCCACCCUCCUCGACGCCCUCUCCGGGAGGCUGGCGAGGAAUGUGCUCCUGACCGGGAAGGUGCUGCUCAACGGCAAGAAGAGGCGACUCGACUAUGGCGUCGUGGCGUACGUGACACAGGAGAACGUGCUGCUGGGGACGCUGACCGUCCGGGAGACGGUGACCUACUCGGCGCUGCUCCGGCUGCCGUCGUCCAUGUCGAAGGCGGAGGUCCGGCGGGUGGUGGACGACACGCUGGACGAGAUGGGGCUCCGGGAGUGCGCCGACCGCAGCAUCGGCAACUGGCACCUCCGGGGGAUCAGCGGCGGCGAGAAGAAGCGGCUGAGCAUCGCGCUGGAGAUCCUCACCCGCCCGAGGCUGCUCUUCCUCGACGAGCCCACCAGCGGCCUCGACAGCGCCGCCGCCUUCUCCGUCAUCGAGACGCUGCGCCAGCUCGCCGUCGACGGCGGCCGCACCGUCAUCUCGUCGGUGCACCAGCCCAGCAGCGAGGUCUUCGCCCUCUUCGACGACCUCUGCCUCCUCUCCAGCGGCGAGUGCGUCUACUUCGGUGACGCCAAGCUUGCUCCACAGUUCUUCGCAGAAACCGGGUUCCCCUGUCCUAGCCGGAGGAACCCGUCCGACCACUUCCUCCGGUGCGUCAACGCCGACUUCGACGACGUCGCCGCCGCCAUGAAAGGGUCCAUGAAGCUGCGAGCAGAGGCAGAUUUCGAUCCACUCCUCAAGUACUCGACGUCAGAGAUCAGGGAACGGCUGGUGGAGAAGUACAGGAUCUCCGAGUACGCCAUGACGGUCAGGAACACGAUACACGAGAUCAGCAAAAUCGAGGGAGUGAUCGAGGAGGCGGUGAAGGGGAGCCAGGCGAGCUGGUGCAAGCAGCUGACGACGCUGACGCGGCGGUCCUUCACCAACAUGUCGCGCGACUUCGGCUACUACUGGCUGCGCAUCGUCAUCUACGUGCUCAUGGCGGUGUGCCUGGGCACCAUCUACUACGACGUCGGCACGAGCUACGCGGCGAUCCAGGCGAGGGCGUCGUGCGGCGGCUUCGUCUCCGGCUUCAUGACGUUCAUGUCCAUCGGGGGGUUCCCGUCCUUCAUCGAGGAGAUGAGGAUGUUCACGCUGGAGCGGCAGAACGGGCACUACGGCGUCGCCGCCUACAUCAUCUCCAACUUCCUCUCCUCCAUGCCCUUCCUCCUCGCCGUCUCCUGGGCCAGCUCCUCCAUCACCUACUGGAUGGUCAAGUUCCGCCCCGGCUUCAGCUACUUCGCCUUCUUCGCGCUCAACCUCUACGGUGGCGUCUCCGUCAUCGAGAGCCUCAUGAUGAUCAUCUCCGCCCUCGUCCCCAACUUCCUCAUGGGCCUCAUCCUCGGCGCCGGCGUCAUUGGGAUCAUGAUGCUGACUUCUGGAUUCUUCCGGCUGCUUCCGGAGCUCCCCAAGAUCUUCUGGCGAUACCCGGUGUCCUACAUUGUCUACGGCUCGUGGGGCUUGAAAGGAGCGUACAAGAAUGACCUGAUCGGGCUGGAGUUCGAGCCGAUGAUGCCGGGGCAGCCGAAGCUGACGGGGGAGUACAUCAUCACCAAGAUGAUGGGGCUGAGCCUCAACCACUCCAAGUGGCUGGACCUCGCCAUGAUCUUCGUCCUCCUCUUCGCCUACCGCCUCAUCUUCUUCCUCGUCCUCAAGGCCAAGGAGGCCGCCUCCCCCUACAUCCGCGUCGCCUACGCCCGCUUCACCAUCAGGCGCCUCGAGCGCCGCGCCUCCUUCCGGAAGACGCUCGCCAUGUCGACCUCCAUGUCCAAGCGGCACAACCCGCCGCACCCCAUGGCCGCGCAGGAGGGGCUCAACUCCCCAUUGCCAUACUGAUCAAGAGGAGGAGGAAGAAGACGACGAUUGAUUGAUCAAUGGAGCAAGAAAGCCGGAUAGUUUGGGGCGAUCUUGCGACGACGAAGAUGACAAGAUGAUCAUAUAGAUGUUCGUGUGCCACGAAUCGAUUAAAUUAAUACUUGUGUAUGUGUUGGCCCAUGUUGGGCUCGUUUUGCAGCUCGUUGGAAGCUGCAAGGGUUCAUAAAAGAUACUGAUAGCAGAUUCUUUUUUUACAAGCUUGUUUUUUUACUGUAAGAACUCGGUCUCAGCUGAGACCAAUACACAUACAGAAGAAUGCUGUAUCUAGCUACUUGAGUGUUUCCUGCUGCUAUUUUCUGGUUGCUUUAUCUGAACAUGAUUGUACUUUUCACAAGAGUGAACUGUGUUCAUCAUUUGGGUCUGCACUCUGCAGUUGCUACAUA